UGCUUUGAUUUGAUCUGAUAUAUUUAAGUCUAGUAUAGUCUAAUUUGUUCCGGUCUGUUUUACAUCCUGACUGAGUCACCGUGACUUACAUCCUCCCAUGUGCUCUGUCGGGUCGGGGCGUGGGGCGCUUGGGGUUGGCGAUUCAACCUUUUGGAACUAGUAAAUCUGAAUGAAAGAGGAAUCCUUUGCCGAAGACUCCAUUACCAUUACAAGACUUUCCCAGAAGUUACUUGCAGAUAAAAGACUGCAACUUUAAUUAAACAAAGAAGAAAAGAGAGUGGCGUCCAACCAAUGCCACCUCCUCCUAAAUUUCUUCCCAAUUCCCCAUUGGCCCGGCCCCACCACGCAAUCAAUCUUCUUUAUAUCCCUCUCAUCCCCCCUCUACCCUUCUCAGAGGUAAGCUCUGUUACAGCACAAGCUUCCCUCCAUCCAUUAAUGGCGUUUCCGCCGGAGUCCAUUAAGAGCUCAAAGCUAGAGAGCUACAAUAGCUAUAUCAAGAGAACGAAUACCACCAAAUUUAUCGCCGCUUCUUCCAAAUUGCUCUUCCGAGCGACCCUUUUGGUGGCUUUGCUUCUCAUAUUCUUCUUCACCAUCAAUUACCCGCCGCUGCUGCCGAAUAGCUCCGGCAAUGGAGUCCAACGCGCUAUUCACACCACCGCGCAUAAUUUGCUGUCGUCGACGCUUUACGGCGGCGGCGGGGUCUCGUGGGAGAAGCAGGUCCGGCACUCGUCGACGCCGCGCCGGGCGCACGGGAUGUCGGUGCUGGUCACCGGCGCGGCGGGGUUCGUUGGGUCCCAUUGCUCCCUGGCUCUGAAGAAGCGCGGCGACGGGGUUCUGGGAUUGGACAAUUUUAACCCCUACUAUGACCCGAAUUUGAAACGCUCUCGCCAGAAGCUUCUGGAGAAGAACCAGAUCUUCAUCGUGGAAGGAGAUCUGAACGACGGCGUUUUACUCUCCAAGCUUUUUGACAUUGUUCCGUUCACCCACGUCCUCCACCUCGCCGCCCAGGCCGGCGUUCGUUACGCAAUGCAGAAUCCUCUGUCUUACGUCAGCUCCAACAUCGCCGGAUUCGUGAACCUUCUAGAAGUCGCGAAAGCCGCCGAUCCCCAGCCGGCGAUUGUCUGGGCUUCUUCUAGCUCAGUCUACGGGCUGAACACAAAAGUCCCAUUCUCGGAGAACGACCGGACAGAUCAGCCGGCGAGCCUCUACGCCGCCACCAAAAAAGCCGGCGAGGAAAUCGCUCACACUUACAACCACAUUUACGGGCUCUCGAUGACUGGGCUGAGAUUCUUCACAGUCUACGGGCCUUGGGGCCGGCCUGAUAUGGCCUACUUCUUCUUCACCAAGGAUAUGAUCCAAGGGAAGCCCAUUAACGUGUACAUGACCCAGGACCAGAAGGAGGUGGCGCGUGACUUCACGUACAUCGACGACAUCGUGAAGGGGUGCGUCGGGGCGCUGGACACGGCGGAGAAGAGCACCGGCAGCGGCGGAAAGAAGAAGGGGCCGGCGCAAUUGAGGGUUUACAACCUGGGGAACACGGCGCCGGUGUCGGUGAAGAAGCUCGUGUCAAUUCUCGAAUCCCUUUUGAACGUCAAAGCGAAGAAGAAUGUGGUCAAGAUGCCACGAAACGGCGACGUCCCGUUCACGCAUGCUAACGUGAGCCUCGCCUUCAAGGAUUUCGGGUAUAAACCGACCACGGAUCUCUCAUCCGGGUUGAGGAAGUUCGUCAAGUGGUACGUUAGUUAUUACGGGACGCAGCCGAGGGUAAAGAAGGAAAUUAACAACAGCCACUAGCAGUCCAAUGAUUAAGCUACGGGGCCCACACGAAAGCAGCGGUGCCUUUUUUGUUACGCCACAUAUUUAUUCUUUCCUGCUUAAAUAUAAUAAUUUCUAAAAAUUAAUUAAUGGUUAUGUAAUUUGAAUUUUAUAUACGCAUACGAUAGAAUUUUGUGUAUAGAAAAGAAAAAAGUUACAGAGGAAAGAAAUAUGGGAAGGAAGGUGGAGCAAAUGUAGAUUUGAAAAGUGGAAGGGUAAUAAUGUGAUAAAGCCUUAUAGAAGGGUAUACGGGUAAUUAAAUAUUACUCCGUUUGAUAAUAUGCGUGUAUUAUUCUGUAUCAAAAUGGUGCAGAUAAUCUGUCAUUAGUAAAAUGUCAACCUUUGUAAGUUUCUGGAACAGCUAUUAUUGUUAACAUUCUUCGUAUAAAUCGGAAUCAGUAAUGAUGCUUAUUAUUUGAUCACUUAA